ACGUGCGAAGAUGUCGAAGCCCGGCGUCGUGCGCAUUGUGCCAAGGAGUCCCAAUUCGGGACACCUUGUGCCCAAAGUCGUGAACAUGACCAGCGUUGCAACCCCCGUUCCGUCCAAUGGGAUCCCUGGGCAAAGCUUCCAGAGGGUCACGACGGUCACUAGCACUCCAAGCUAUGUGGUGAACGGUCUGCAGACCAGUGGCUCAGGCCAUUUCUUGCACCGUGCACCUGUGGCACCAGUGCGAGUCCCAGCAGCCGCACCGCUUGCACCUCCAGUGGUGUCAGGCCCCCGACAUUUGCGACAACCUUCGGUGACAUACACCGUGGUUGGGCCACCCAGGACAGUGAUGCCCAGCACAGUGACUGCCACCACAGUGACCUCCACCAAUGCAGUCGCGGCCGCGAUGAUGGUGACAUCGCCAAAAAAGUUGCCCCCACCAGCUGUGGCUCCACCGGCACCGGCGGUACCCACCUCAUCGAAACGCACUUCUCCAUUUGCCAAUAUGGAGUUCAGUCAACUGGCUGAAGAAAAGGAGGAUGAAAACAUGAACUGCCUCCGUGCCUUCUGGCAGGAGGCAUUGGCAGAGCCGAUGAUUGCGACUCUUCUGGCUUCGAGCGAGCACAUUGACAAAAACAUGUACUGGGAGAAGCGCCGCAUUCAAAAUCACGUCCGCCGCUUGCUCGAGGAGAUCCAAGAACGUCUUGGAAUCGAGAUGGAGGCGACGCCUCAAGACUUGGACAGCUUCUUCAACAAGCUCCUGCAUAUGGCAACCAAAGGGUCCCUGCAUGCAGCUCGUGAACUCACUGAGAAGGACUUGAGCAAACUCUUGGAGGGGAUGAACCUUUGGCCAAUGGAGCUUGCAGCCGUGGAUCGGAACGAGGUCCUGGCGGCCUUGCAGGCUCCAUCUGCCGGUACCACCAAGCAGAUCCUGCGAAAUGAACGACCAAUCAAGAAUUCGCUGACGGCCCAUACCUUCCGUGCAGCAUUCGAGCAGGUACCUUACAAUCUUCCAGAGUUUCCCGUACCAGCUCACAUGAUCGAAAAGGCCUUCCUGGGGCCAUACACGGAAGCUCAACACCAAGCUGUUGCCGAGGCCAUUGCGACCUGCUGGCGCUAUCCACAGACAGGAGUGGAUCGCAUCAAGGAUUUCUUCUGCACCGGCCUGGUGUCCAUUGAGGAGAUUCAGUGUGGUUUACCUCGCCUCAUUCCUCGCACCUUGGUGGAGGAUGCAGUGGCUCUCAUCAUCCGCAAGGCUGCUCCCCAGUUCACGCAGCAGGCGUGGGACUCGUUGGUGGUCGAGAUGCUUAAGUCUGAAGAAGAGCUCCAAGACCAACUGCAGAAGCAGGAUGAGGUCUCAAUCUGCAGCCAGGCAGCUGGCCGAAAGAACAGCUGCCCCGUGUCCCUGGACUCUCCCAAGGCUGAAGCUCGUGAGGUCACAGGUCCACCAAGCUUUGCUGGAAAGAGUCGAGAAGAUGAGUUGUUGGGGAACCCGACUUCCUUCGAUGACUCGAGGGCCGAUGAGAGGCCCAAAGGUUUAGUCAUUUGUGGUGACUCCUGUGAGGUCGCUGAGUGCCUCACCAUGAAACGUCGCGUCGUGGACUGGUCAACGGCAGGUGCGAAGAAGGAUGGCAGGGCCCAACACCAAGCUGAUGCUGGUGCUGGAUCCAGGAUGAGUUGGGGCACCGCUUGCUUCAAGGAGGAGUUGAUGUCAUCGCUCAAAGCCAACAAAGCUGACUUCGCUCCCGGUGGACCGUGUGGAGACGUUGACCCGGUGCAAACGCUGAGUUUAAAGUUCCACAAUGAAUGUGAAGGGCCUUACCUGGCCCGCGCCUUCGCUCACUGCUGUGAGAUCUAUGACAAGCAGAGGCCCCGCCGUUGAAGUUUACCGCACUUUGAACAAAGCUUCAGCGGCAGGCGAGAGAGUCCGGUCUCAAACGCAAAGCUCGCAACUUGGGCGUCUGCUCAAUCCGGCCUGUCUCCGGCGUGUGGAGACAAAACAUGCCAUGGAACAAUGUGCAAAUGAGUCUG